AACCGAAACCUCGAAGUCCUCAGCAAAAGGUUUUGAUUCUCUUUUCGCGUUUGGUUUCUUCUGUUUUUUUCAGAUGGCGAAGCGUUUGAUCCCUUUUCUGAAUCGCGUUUUGGUUGAGAAAAUCAUUCCUCCGUCGAAGACUAAUUUUGGAAUCUUACUCCCAGAGAAGACCUCAAAGAUAAAUUCUGGAAAAGUUGUCGCGGUUGGUCCUGGAGUUCUUACUAGGGAGGGAAAGCUGAUUCCUGUCAGUGUGAAGGAAGGAGAUACUGUUCUAUUACCCGAGUAUGGAGGAACUGAGGUGAAGCUUGGCGAUAAAGAGUAUCAUUUGUACCGGGACGACGAUAUACUGGGAACACUGCAUGACUGAUGUCUUUACUUCCCACCAUGUUGAAGAAUACUUCGUUGAGAAUUUGAUUGGGUUUAAGCUGUACCUUUAAUGGAAGAUUUAUACCUUGCUUUAGCGAUCAGACAGCUCUAGUUUAAUCUGUGUGCUCCAUAAGAAACAUGCUAUAUUAUUAUUAAGGAUUCCAAUUGUUUUGAGGAACAAAUUUACAAAAAAUUGGGGCAUGUUUGGUUUGUAAUUCUGAAAACAGUUCUUAAAAAUUCAGAGAUCAGAGAACAAUAAAAGAAAGUUCUCUGAAAACGAUUUUUUUUAUAAUUGAGUUUUCAGAAAA